AAUUUCAAAGUUGGUUUUGUUCUCGAGUUUGAAAAGUAUUUGUGGAAAGACGCGGACAAGGUCAGGUUGUUGUUGUUGUUACCAUUUGAUUCAAUCAAAAUCCACCCGAGCCGAGGAUCUCUCCCACCACCAGCAGGCUUUGACUCUCCGAUCUACUACUAGUAAUUGAGAGAGUAGAAGAAUCUACUAGUAAUGGAGAAUCUGAUAAAUCUGGUGAACAAACUGCAGAGGGCAUGUACCGCCCUUGGUGAUUUCGGCGAAGGAUCCUCCCUCCCCACCCUUUGGGACGCCCUCCCUACUAUCGCCGUCGUCGGCGGUCAGAGCUCUGGAAAGUCAUCUGUGCUGGAGAGCGUUGUUGGCAAGGAUUUUUUGCCUCGUGGAUCUGGGAUCGUUACACGACGUCCCCUUGUUCUACAGCUUCAUAGAAUUGAUGAGGGAAGAGAAUAUGCCGAGUUUGCUCACCAACCAAAAAAGAGGUUUACUGAUUUUGCUGCUGUCAGGAAAGAGAUUGCUGAUGAGACUGAUCGUGAGACAGGUCGAACCAAACAGAUUUCAUCCGUCCCUAUAUAUCUCAGCAUCUAUUCUCCCAAUGUUGUGAAUUUGACCCUGAUCGAUCUUCCUGGUCUGACAAAAGUAGCUGUUGAGGGCCAGUCAGAGGGCAUUGUGCAAGACAUUGAAAAUAUGGUGCGGUCCUACAUAGAGAAGCCUAACUGCAUUAUUCUGGCAGUUUCUCCUGCCAACCAAGAUCUGGCUACAUCAGAUGCUAUAAAAAUUGCCCGUGAGGUAGAUCCACAAGGGGAGAGGACGUUUGGUGUUUUGACGAAGAUUGAUCUUAUGGACAAGGGGACUGAUGCAGUUGAUAUAUUGGAAGGGAAAUCUUAUAAGCUAAAGUUUCCUUGGAUUGGUGUUGUGAACCGAUCUCAAGCUGAUAUUAACAAAAGUGUUGACAUGAUUGCUGCUCGGAGGAGGGAGCAGGAGUACUUUGCCAAUACUCCAGAGUAUAGACAUCUUGCUAGCAAAAUGGGCUCUGUGCAUCUAGGGAAAGUGCUUUCCAAGCAUUUGGAAACAGUCAUUAAGUCACGAAUUCCAGGCCUUCAAUCCCUGAUCAACAAAACGAUUAUUGAACUUGAAACAGAAUUGAGUCGUCUUGGGAAGCCCAUUGCUACUGAUGCCGGAGGAAAAUUGUAUAUGAUUAUGGAAAUAUGUCGUGCUUUUGAUCAAACGUUCAAAGAACAUCUUGAUGGCAUACGACCCGGUGGCGAUAAAGUUUACAGCGUAUUUGAUAAUCAACUUCCUGCUGCUUUGAAACGAUUACAAUUUGACAAACAACUGGCUAUGGAAAACGUGAGAAAACUGAUCACAGAAGCUGAUGGAUAUCAGCCUCAUUUAAUAGCCCCUGAACAAGGAUAUCGCCGUCUGAUUGAAUCUACUUUAAUAACUAUCAAAGGUCCUGCCGAGGCAGCUGUUGAUGCGGUUCAUGGUGUACUGAAGGAUCUGGUACACAAGUCAAUUAAUGAGACCUCGGAGUUGAAGCAAUACCCAUCCCUGAGAGCGGAAGUUAUGAAUGCAGCUGCUGAGUCAUUAGAUAAGAUGAGAAACGAGAGCAAGAGAGCUACUAUACAGUUAGUUGAUAUGGAAUGCAGUUACUUGACAGUUGAUUUCUUCCGCAAGCUUCCACAAGAUAUUGAAAAGGGAGGGAAUCCAACGCACUCAAUUUUUGAUCGAUAUAAUGAUUCGUAUCUUCGUCGAGUCGGAUCGAAUGUGUUGUCUUAUAUCCACAUGGUGGUUGGGACUCUACGACACUCUAUCCCAAAGUCUAUUGUGUACUGUCAAGUGCGUGAGGCUAAACGUAGCCUACUUGACCAUUUUUUCACUGAGUUGGGUGCAAAAGAGGGUAAGCAAUUGGCUAAACUGCUGGAUGAGGAUCCAGCAAUAAUGCAGAGGCGAUUGGACUUGGCCAAGAGGCUGGAAUUAUAUAAAUCUGCCCAAACGGAGGUUGAUGCAGUUGCGUGGGCCAAGUAGUCAGCUUCUCCUCCAGAUAUAUCAUCCAUCCAGUUGUGUGCACCAAAAAAAAAAAAACUCCUGUCAUGUCAUGUUUAUAGUAUCACGUUACCCAGACAUUUCUUCUACUUGAUUAUUCUUGGAAAUGAUUAGAUUUAUGUUUUGAGAAAAAGCAUAUAAUUCAGUUUA